AUGUUGCCAUUACAUUCCUCUACGAAAGGGAAGAUGCACCGCCAUGCCUUUUCCAACGGGGCAUAUCCCUCACAAGGAGGAGGCACCUUUUCAAUCCAACCUCACAAAUUCCAGCCGCGGUCACAGCCUGCGCUCCGGCGGCGGAGAACACUGAUCCAGCGCUUGCUGAUCGUAGGCUCGCUGUUCUUUACCGCCCUAUUCUUCUUCUUCCCCGACUUGCGACCGAACUUGGGCUCCGGGCCCCUCAGCUUACUCACCACGAGCGAUGACGCGCAACUCGAGACGGUGCGAUACUACGACCUGAACAAUGUCCAGGGCACGGCAAGGGGAUGGGAGAGGGAAGAGCGCAUCCUGCUAUGCGCUCCGUUGCGAGACGCGGCUCCGCAUUUGCCCAUGUUCUUUGGCCAUCUGAAGAACCUCACCUACCCGCACAACCUUAUCGACCUGGCUUUCCUCGUCGGAGAUUCCAAGGAUAACACCAUUUCACUCUUGACGGAGAAGUUGGAGGAGCUACAGGCCAAUCCUGAUCCCAAGCAGCAAUUUGGCGAGAUCUCCAUCAUGGAGAAGGAUUUCGGGCAAAAGGUCAACCAAGACGUUGAGAGUCGUCACGGUUUCGCGGCACAGGCUGGGCGCCGAAAGUCAAUGGCGCAAGCGCGAAACUGGCUGCUAAGCGCUGCUCUGCGACCAACGCACAGCUGGGUCUACUGGAGAGAUGUCGAUGUGGAGACUGCUCCCUUCACAAUCUUGGAAGAUCUGAUGCGACACAACAAGGACGUCAUUGUACCGAACGUCUGGCGACCGCUUCCGGACUGGCUCGGCGGAGAACAACCAUACGAUCUGAACUCCUGGCAAGAAUCCGAGACCGCUCUCGCUCUCGCCGACACCCUCGACGAGGAUGCAGUCAUUGUAGAGGGAUACGCAGAGUACGCUACUUGGCGCCCGCAUUUGGCCUAUCUUCGCGACCCCUAUGGCGACCCGGACAUGGAAAUGGAGAUCGAUGGUGUUGGUGGUGUCAGUAUUCUUGCGAAAGCCAAGGUCUUCCGUUCUGGUGUCCACUUCCCUGCGUUCAGUUUCGAGAAGCACGCUGAGACAGAGGGAUUUGGCAAGAUGGCAAAGCGCAUGAAAUUCUCCGUCGUCGGCCUUCCCCACUACACAAUCUGGCAUCUUUACGAACCCAGUGUUGACGAUAUCCGACACAUGGAAGAGAUGGAGAAGGAACGCAAGGCAAAGGAGGCCGAAGAAGAGGCCAAGAAGGCAAAGGAGAAUAAGAUCAAGGAGAACUUUGACGAGAAGAAAAGCGACUGGGAGAAGGAGAAGGCGGCGGUUCAAGACAUGGUUCAGCAGGCAAAGAACGAGGAGAAGGCGGCAGCCGAGAAGGCCAGGCAACAAGAAGCAGCAGCGAAACAGGAGUCGAACCAGGCAGACACCAAAGAGGACAAGCCAGUCGAAAAGAAGGAGGGCGAGCAAUCGUAG